AUGGCCAGAGACAAGCUGUCCGCCCGGCAGGCGGCGGUGGCCUCCAACGUCCUGGCACCGCCGUCCUUGUCCUUGGAGCAGGUGGUGGAAAUGCAGGAAGCGGAGAUUGCGGAGUACUCGAAGCCAGAAUUCCAGAACGAGCUGUACGCCACCCUUUCCGCUGCGACACCGGAGGAGCUGGCUCAUUUGCGUCAAGAGCUAUGUUUGAAGAUCCAAGUGCCCAUCGUGGCGCAGCGCGGCUUCGAGCCCACGGCCCUGGGGGUGUCCCAGGCCACGCAGCAGAUCCUGCGCUACCACGGGGAGGGCAAGGCGCCGGCGCGAAGCGCGCGCGUCGGUGGCGCGUGGCGCGCUGCGGGGCGGGGCUGCGGGCGGUGGGAUCGGAGUGGUUGA